CAUGUGUGAGCCGUCUGAUAUUUUGUUGUAGUCUGUACCAGUGAUCUGAGCAGGACGAUCAGAGGGGAGCAGUGCAGCAGCAGCAGCAGCAGCGGCAGCGGCGGCGGCGGCGGCGGCGGCAUCAGACACGGGCGGGAGGCUGGGACUGUAGGAUGUUGCGUCUGAGCUGCCGACUAGGCUGAUCAGAGCCGGAGCAACGAUGCAGUGACAGUCUACAGGAAGACACGGGGACACACUCACACACAUACACACACACACACACACACAAACACACACUCACACACAUAGAGUGAGAAGGAGGGAGGGAGAGUAAACAGACGAAUGCGCACGAGAAAUGAUCCGCUCCUAGACUAUGGCACCGUCGGGCUCGCGUAGUAUCAAGAAGGGCUGUCAGAGAGUUUUGUACUGGAUCCCGGUCCUCUUCAUCGCCCUCAUAGUGGCGUGGUCAUACUACGCCUAUGUGCUCCAGCUUUGCAUAGAGUCUAUUGAAGACACGGGAGAAAAGGUUAUAUACUUGCUGGUGUACCAUGUCAUCUUCAUCAUGUUUGUGUGGGCGUACUGGCAAACCAUCUUCACCAAGCCCAUGAACCCCCUGAAGGAGUUUCACCUGUCCUACUCUGACAAAGAGCUGCUGGAGCGUGAAGAUCGGGGAGAGUCUCAGCAGGAGAUCCUGAGGAGGAUAGCCAAGGAUCUGCCCAUCUACACCCGCACCAACUCUGGAGCAAUCCGUUUCUGUGACCGCUGCCAGCUGCUGAAGCCUGAUCGAUGUCACCAUUGUUCAGUCUGUGAUAAAUGCAUCCUGAAGAUGGAUCACCACUGCCCGUGGGUGAACAACUGUGUGGGAUUCUCCAACUACAAGUUUUUCAUGCUGUUCUUGUUGUAUUCGCUACUCUACUGCCUUUUUAUAACUGCGACAGAUCUUCAGUACUUCAUCAAGUUUUGGCUGGCUGGAGGUAGAGCACAUUUCCGUCUGAGAGAAUACCUGAACGGCCUCCCAGACACUCAGGCCAAGUUCCACAUCCUGUUCCUCUUCUUCUCGGCCUCCAUGUUCUCCGUCAGCCUGGCUUCACUUUUCAUCUAUCACUGCUGGCUCGUCUGCAAGAACAGAUCCACUCUCGAGGCUGUGCGCGCUCCAGUGUUUCGCCACGGCACCGAUAAGAAUGGCUUCAGUCUGGGCUUCAGUAAGAACUUCCGCCAGGUCUUUGGUGAUGAAGUUAAAUACUGGCCUGUUCCUGUUUUCUCUGGUUUAGGUGACGGGUGCUCGUUCCCAACCUGUCUGGUGAAUCUGGACCCGGAGCAGCCUUCAUCACCCACUGGCUCCAACCCUGCCAACAAGGGUGCAGCAGAAGGCCGCCAGUUCCCCUCCAAGCCGCUGAGGGAGUCUCAGAGCCGACUGCUCACCAGCACUCCCUCCUGGUCAGAGAGUGACAGUGCAACAGACAAAGACAGGAAGGGUGCCAGUAACCCAGGGAUGACCAUAGAGAAUGAAGCGUAACCAGAGUCACAGAUGGAGGUGACACCUUCAAGAAAAAGUCUAUGCCGCCCCCUCCUCAGUGUUUGUGCCUAUCAGAAUGUGACGUGGUGACAUCAUCAAUAUUUGUUGUUUUCCGUACUGCACCCUGCUUCUGAGAGGUUUACAUGACUGAGAUCAGACUUAUAUAGGCCUAAUUAUCAUCCGUCAGUAUUACUCUUAUUGCAAUCAGCAACAACUCCUGCUGCUAUCUGAAAGUUUUUGGGCUUCAGAACAAAUUGCAUUCCAACAAUCAUGUUUUGUUUGUAUAUGAAUAAGCACAGAGCAGCCAUGGACGAGAUGUUUUGCACUUUGUAUACUAGAAGAACAAUCUGAGCUGCUUUUGUAUGUCCCAGUUCAUGUCACGGAGACAGAAUUAUCUACAUGUUUAUUUGUUAUUUCCGUAGCUUAGCGCAGAGGUAAAUGCUGUUUUGAGUCUGCCAAAUGUUUGCACAUGAAGUAUAGAGUAGUAGUGGUGUUGAUGUGAUGUAACUGAUAUUCCUUUGGCCAUUUUUUUUCUUCCAGUGAAGUAUUUUGUUUUGGAGGGGGGAGGGGGGACAGGUGUUCCACCCACCAUGUUGAGUGUCGUGGAAGUUGAAUCGAUGCAUGCUCUCAUCUCAGGAUGUCAACACAAACACACCUUGUUGUAGUGAACUGUACCACAGGAUGUUCUCCCCUUUGCUUGGAUUUAUUUGAAAAAAAAAAAAAGUGUAGUCGUUAGUAAUUACAUUUGAAUAAGGGCUCUUCUGACUUGUUAUAGCAUGAGUGAGGACGUUGCUGUCACACUGUAACACCUGAAAGCUGGUGCUGAGACAGCGUGCGUCCCCUCUGCCAAAUAUCUAAUCAGCUGUCUGGUAGCAUAACAGUACACGUCAAACUGCCGGCCAAAAGCUUCCUGACUGUCUCUGGAGGGCCGGCACACCGGCCGCCAGCAAAAGCCUCUGUGUAAUGCUGCAGAUCUGUUCACCAUCACAAAGCAGAUACUGUGGAGUGUUUUUCUAACUCACAACAUGAUGUUGUGGAUGUACUACAGAGCAAAAAAACAAAGAUAAUCAGCUCCAGCUGCUUUGUGCAGUAUCUUUUCACCUUCUGAGGAUUCUGUCUGUUCUCGUCUCCGACUGGAAAUGAUUAAACCAUCACUGAAAAUUUGGUAGAAUGUAUGCUUGUUUAAAAAAAAAAAGCUUCAUUGUGACAGUCAGUGUCAAUCUAUAUUUUUCUAUUCUUCUGUCUGUAUGACUCAAGAGACAAUAUGGAUGUGUGAGGCAAUGUACUGUACAAUUGUGAUGCCUUAAAGAAUAAAAUGAGCUCAUCUUCA